AUGUUGUUCUACAGCUUCCACUUCGGACCCGGCGUGGUCAUGCACUACGAGGGCUCGGGCCUGGCCCCUCUGGCCCUGGUGCUGCUCCCGUGGCUGCUCUCGACCGGGGUGCUCGAGGCGGUCACGCGCGUAUUCCUCACGGCGAUAUUCGGCCAGGCGUAUACCUCGCACAUAGCGCCCCCUGACCCGACCCCCGCGGCGCCCCCGCGGACACCGCCGCACAUGGCGCGGCACCACCGGGCGCGCGCUGCGGAAGCCGACGUGUGGGGGCCGUCGCCCGUCUUCCUCAUCCUCAAUAUGCUGCUCCCGGGCCUCCUGUCCUUCCUCAUGUUCCGGUACUUCCUCCUCCGCCGCGAACACGGCUCCUGGGGCGCGCUGCAGCUCCUCUUCGACUUCCGCGUCGGCGUCCCGCAGUCCGGCACCGCGCGGCACGGACCCUCGCACGCCGAGCGGCUGCGACAAGUGUCGUUCGCGCUGAGCGCGAUGCCCGAGGAGGAGCACAGGACGCCCGCGCGCCUGCGCGAGAUGUCCGUCGAGGAGCUCCGCGCGCGGCUACGCGAGGCCGGCCUGAACCCUGCGGGCGCGGCAAGCAGCGCCGACGGCGGCGCGGCGGGGGGCGAGCUGCCGUCGGACAAGGAGGAGCUCGUGCAGCGCCUGAUCGACCAGGGCGGGACCACCGGCGCCUCGUGCGGGAUCUGUUUCGACGACUACGAGGACGGCGACAAGCUGCGGCGCCUCCCGUGCUCGCACAAGUUCCACGCGCACUGCAUCCACCGCUGGGCCAUCACCUCGACGCAGUACUCGCGGCCGAGCUCCUGUCCGAUAUGCAACCACCCGCUGUGCGACGCGGCGGCGGCGGCGGCCGCGGCGGCCGCGGCGGGGCAGGACGGGCGCGCGCCUGGGCAGGAGCAGCGCGCGGGUGCCGAGGGGGGCGUCACCGGCCCUGGGGGCGACGUGUGGGGGAGCGCGUCGGGGCUCCGGAGGCGGCAGGUCCACGGGGAGGACGCGCCCCCCGAGGAGGCCCGGGUGGGGUCUGCGGGGAUGCCUGAGCCGGGCGGGGAGCAGGGCGCGGGGGGGGGUCCCCGGCAGCGGCCCGCGCCGCAGCAGCGGCCCGCGCACGCGCACGGAGACGCAGCUCCGGAGCACUUGACUCCGCUGGGCGCGGCGCUGAGCAGCAGCACGCUGGGUGUGGUGGCCGCGCUGGUAGCCCUGCAGGUCUGGAACGCGCUGUUGUGA